GUCUCAUGUCACGGGCGGGCCGGUUAGCGCCCAGCUGCGAACGGCCGUUGGAGGAAUUUUCGGUGAAGUGCUGGUACCGGGACGGCCAGUGGACGCUGCUCCAUCAUCAUGGCGGCAGGACCUUGUCGUAAAAAUUACUGCUGUCUCAAAAUAGGAAGCGGUCGAUGCCAUUCCCCCGCCUGUUAAAUAGACCCCUUUCCCUAGGCCGCCCCUCUCAGAGCAGCUGUAUGUAUCAUCACUAUUUAUUAUGAAUUGAAAACCGCGGAGGAAGGGAUCUGUUCUUGUGAGGACAAGCCGCAUCAACCUGCUGUAAAUCUUGCAACGCUGGCAGCAAACGGAUAAAGUCGUCUCACCUAAUCCAGUCUCGGAGGAAUCGCCUCGUUUUGUUAUCUCCUUAAAGCCAGUUUACCGCGUAGCGCCUAAUCCACUGCAAUGUUUUGUUUUGGGGGAGGAUGGGAGAAAGACGUCCCCUGCGUUGUGACUGGGGUGUUAACUGACAAGAGUUGAGUGAUGUACCCACGCUUUUAUUUGGCAACAAUACGACUUGAGCAAUUGUCAUUAAAAAAAUGAAGAAAAUACUCCGUUUUGCAAAGAAAAAGAGAAAAUUUUCGCCCAACACCUCAGACACUGCGAGUGUGGCAUCAGUAGGAUAUGAGCUGAGGGAGAAGGAUUUGGGAAAGCUGCAUAAAGCCGCUUCUACCGGAGACUUAACUAAGCUUCGACAACUCAUUAAGAAAAAUGAUGUAAAUCAACUGGAUAAAGAAAACAGGGCACCAUUGCAUCUUGCAUGUGCAAGUGGGCAAGUAGAGGCAGUUACUUUCCUUGUGGAACACAAGUCAAAACUAAAUAUCUGUGACAAUGAUAACCGUUCCCCUUUGAUGAAGGCAGUACAGUGCCAACAAGAACGUUGUGCAGUCAUCUUACUGGACCAUAAUGCUGAUCCUAACCUGGUUGACAUUAAUGGAAAUACUGCCCUGCAUCUUGCUGCUCUGAUCCCCAACACCUCUUUGAUAAUGCAUUUGAUUGAGCGAGAAGCGCACAUGAAUGCUCGAAAUAAGGAUGGUUACACACCUUUGGUGUUGGCUGUUAUUGAAAAUCAUCAAGAAAUAGUAGAACUCUUGCUUAAGGAAGGUGCAGAUGUCAAUGCCAAGGACAAAACUGGGAGAACUGCCUUGAUGAUUGCUGCGAGUAAUGGACAAAUUAGUUUGGUUAAGUUACUUCUACAUUAUGAUGCAGAUGUUUCUUUAAAAGAAGAUAAAGGAUGGACAGCUGAAGAUCAUGCAAUGAUGAAUGGACACCAUGCUUGUUCACACUUAAUAUCUGAAUGUGAUACCAAAAAGAAACUUCAUCAGUCACCGUACUAUGGACCAAGCAAAAUGAAAGGGAACCAUGCUGCUGAAACCGGUUUUGCACUUGGAGGCCCAGCCAUAGACAAAGAAGAGUUUCAGGAGUCUCCUGAACAGAAGUGGCGAACCAGUGAUUCUGAGAAAGGCUUAACCUGAGCAUGUUGCUGUGACCAAAGACUGUUACUUCGCUGGUAAUUCAGAGUCAGGAAUAAUUAUCUAGAGGGAAGAGUUCAAACCCCACAAAGAAAACUGAG